AUGUCAGCGACAAUCUGCGUGACCACUACUCCGACUGCACUCGACGGGGGGACCGAAGGAUUCCUGAAACUGGACAACGAGGUAGACGGCGUCAUGCAUGUCAAUCGGCAAGUUCAUUCCUCAUCCCGGAAUAACACCAGCCUCCUAAUGGGUUACCCUCGAUUAGUGCACUUCGAUGAAACUUCGGUGCGAUGGCUUAAGCCCAUGCUAUUCCUUUUCGAGGAAAAUGAAGCAAUUGUAGCCAGCCCUUCCGGUGAGACUACUCGGUCCAUGGACCAUUCGCUCACACCUGUAGAUUCUACGACAGCCAAAGGGGAAGAUGAUGAACCUCCUUCGGAUCGUGGAUCGAUAAGGUUUCUUUUGAAUGGCGGCACAGAUAGCUUCACGGAGCAAUUCCUCCUUCCUCCUUGCAGUGAUCGAGCUCGUGGCCUUGAGUACCAUACCCAAAAGGGUUUGGGGGAAACCGGACGCCCAAGUACAGGCUACCCAAUGAAGGAUGACCAAUCCGACUUUGUCCCGGCAGUCUUUGAUUUUGACCCUGAGGCACUAUCCUUUUUCCAGGAUACUUUUCUUGAAUUAUUCAACGGGCCCUUUGGAGAUCCGUGCAAAUCACUUGGCAGUCCAUAUACAGGGGGCAUACCCUACCAGACGGUGAUUCCAACGCAGGACCCCUGGCUUGUAUUCUCUGAACAGACCCCUGCUUACGAACCGGAAAGACCAUUUGCGACAGAAGCGGUUCAGGCUAUCUUGGGGAGGGUUUGGUCAAUUCCCCUUGACCCCACUGCACAAGAGGAAAUUGCAACGCACCUCAACUUUUUGCUCACAACGGCGCGCAUUCGGAAGUUCAUUUCGAUGUAUUUCAAGUACUGGCAACCAAACUGUCCAAUACUACAUCGACCAACAUUUGAUCCGGACACAGUCUCGCUUUCACUACUGGUUGCUGUCGCAUUCAUGGGUGCCAUGUAUUCCGACAACGAGAAAGAGGUGCAUGUCGCAAAGCGCCUAGUAGACUUCGCCGAACUUUUGGUGUUUUCCAGUGAUAUUUUUUCAUUCGAGAGUGAGAUUGGCGCAGUCUUCUGUGGUAAUCGAAAUACCAAUGGUGAAAGCAACGACUGGCUUCAGUUGCAGAACUUUCAGGCCGGGUACAUCAUACUAAUCGUCCAGUACUGGGCUGGGAGCCUCAUGUCUCGAAAUCGGGCGAUGGAGAACCGAUUCAGUGAGGUUGUUAAGGUUGCACGUAGAAUCGAUCUUCUCAGAUGUCGACAUCAGCCUGAGGAACGUAAUCAUGAGCAUUUGUGGAUCCAAAACGAGUGUCGUAUUCGCACCAUGUGUUAUAUCUCGCUCAUUGACUGCGCUUUUUCGUUCUUUCAAAACUACCCAUGUCGUUUGUCACAUACCGAAAUGGAAUGCGACUUUCCGAGUGCCGAAUCAGUAUUCAAUUCAGCGCAUCCAUUUAGAGAACCGGAUUUCCAACUCUCGCGAGAAUUUAAUGUUUUAGAAACUUUUCAAGGCCUGUUUGAUGACUCCGGCAGUCAAGCCUCGCCUUCUACCAAGCAAAAUUCACCUUUCUCAUCUAUUAUGGCUGGGCUGACUGUGCUGGACAUGUUCAUUCUAAUCCAUAUUCUCUAUGCUUUUACCAACACCCAUAUGACACUGCUGGCCACUCUGCUCCGAAAUACUCGAGCCUCUCUUUCUAAGAACAUUUCUGGUGUGCCAGCGACCAGCAAAUACCGGCCGUCUGAACUUCCGGAUAACUUGACGCUGACUGGGAUACGUACAGCGCUCUCUCGCUGGCGGGACCACUGGGUGGCGCUGCGCAAUACUGUUUCCAGCCAUGAAUGGGCCUCCAUGGGCUUCUAUAAGAAUGGCUACAACUUUUGGCUAGUGUCCCAGCUUCUCAUUACAAAGAAAGAGAGUGUGGAUGUCGUUAUGAAAAUGGAAGUCAAAUGUGAGGAUAAGUUAGAGAAACUCAAAGUAUUGUUGCAGGACGACAACGAUUGA